CGUCUGCUGUGCAGCUGAAUCAGACCGCUUGCUCGCUAGAAGGAAGUGCUUCUGAAGUGCCACUGGUUUUAUUAUGAUGCACAUGAGCAUUCAUCUCUUCGGAUAAAAUUACGUAAUUCCCGACAUCAGAACAGAGGGAUUUAGCCCGGGUGUAUUCAUCUCCCCGGUACAUCUGGAGCUGUAGAGGCUGUUUUAACCGGAGCAGCGUGGGUUAAGGUGGGCCUUGCCCGGAUAUCUGUCUGACAAGCGAACCAAAACCGAUCCGGUACCCGCCUCAGUAUAACCAGCAUAGUUAGUCCUCCAGAGACUACACUCGGAGACCGUUUGGACUAUAACACACACUAGCCAGAUGGCAGAUAACCUAAGCGAAGCCCUGAAGACGCUGAAGCUCUCGUCGGCAGACAGCGCUUCAGACAGCGUCGAGGGCUGCUUGGACUGCCUGCUCAAAGCUUUGGCCCACAAUAAUGUUGAGACUAGUGAAAAGGUCCAGGAGAUGGGUGUUCUUGCCAUGAUGCCCGCUCUUCUGUCUGUGCAGAACUCAUGUACGCCAAAAGUAGCCAACAUCAUUGCAGAGGUGGCCAAAAAUGAGUUCAUGAGAAGCCGUUGUGUGGAAGCAGGGCUCAUUCCUCCACUGGUUCAGCUGCUAAACUGUAAGGACCAGGAAAUUCUGCUCCAGACGGGACGGGCCCUCGGCAACAUCUGCUACGACAGCCAUGAGGGCAGAAGUGCAGUUGACGCAGCGGGUGGUGCUCAGAUAGUUGCCGAGCACAUUAAGUCUCUGGCCCAAAGCACUGACCCGGCCACCGGGAAGCUCUUGACUGUCUUUUGUGGCAUGCUGAUGAACUAUAGCAAUGAUAAUGACUCGCUGCAGGCCCAGUUGAUCAGCAUGGGUGUGAUCCCAACAUUGGUCAGACUGCUGGGUGUUCAUUCUCAAAACACAGCGCUCACAGAGAUGUGUCUCAUUGCCUUUGGCAACUUGGCAGAGCUUGAGUCCAGUAAGGAGCAGUUCGCCUCUACAAAUAUUGCCGAGGAGCUGGUCCGGCUCUUCCGGAAGCAGGUGGAACAUGAGAAGAAGGAGAUGAUCUUUGAGGUGUUGGCACCACUUGCUGAGAAUGAUGUGAUCAAGCUUCAGUUGGUGGAUGCUGGUUUGGUGGAGUGUCUUCUGGAGGUGGUGGCUCAGACGGUGGACAGCGACAGGGAGGAGGACGUGGCUCAGCUCAAGACGUCCUCGGACCUCAUGGUCCUUCUUCUGUUGGGAGAUGAGUCGAUGCAGAAGCUGUUUGAGGGUGGUAAAGGCAGCGUGUUUCAGAGGGUUCUCUCAUGGGUGCCCUCCAACAACCACCAGCUCCAGCUAGCAGGAGCGCUAGCCAUCGCUAACUUUGCCCGCAAUGAUGGAAACUGCAUCCACAUGGUAGACACUGGUAUUGUACAGAAGCUUCUUGAGCUGUUAGACCGACAUGUUGAAGAGGGGAACGUCACGGUGCAGCACGCCGCCCUCAGCGCCCUGAGGAACCUGGCCAUUCCGGUGGUCAACAAGUCUAAGAUGCUCUUGGCUGGUGUGUCGGAUGUAGUGCUGAAGUUCCUUAAAUCCGAGAUGCCACCUGUCCAGUUCAAGCUCCUGGGAACGUUACGGAUGCUCAUCGACACACAGGCUGAUGCAGCAGAGCAACUGGGAACAAACCCAAAGCUGGUGAAGCGUUUGGUGGAGUGGUGUGAAGCGAAAGACCACGCCGGAGUGAUGGGAGAGUCCAACCGCCUGCUGUCCGCGCUCAUACGACACAGCAAGUCAAAGGAUGUGGUCCGAACAGUCAUACAAGGUGAAGGUGUUAAGCACUUGAUAACCAUGGCGACGAGUGAACACAUGAUCAUGCAGAAUGAAGCGCUGGUGGCCUUGGGUCUCAUAGCAGCACUGGAUCUGGACUGUGCAGAAAAGGAUUUUGUCGACUCCAAUUUGGUGCAGGUUCUACACAAACUACUGACAGAAGAGCACAGUGCACCAGAGAUCAAAUACAACUCCAUGAUUAUCAUCUGCUCCAUCAUGGGAUCGGAGCCGCUUCACAAAGAAGUGCAGAGCUUGGCCUUUAUCGACGUGGUCUCCAAUCUCCGCUCACACGAGAACAAGACGGUGGCCCACCAGGCCUCUCUCACAGAGCAAAGGUUAACAGCACAGAGCUAAAAGACUCUUACACACCAUUUUCUCCCUGCCUGCUUCCCCUCACACACAUAUCUCUCGUUGUCAUGUGCCAAGAUGUUGUCCCUCUGCAUUCCCUGCUACAGACUCUGAAAGCCCUCUGUUUGCUCCAAGCAUGCAGAGACGCGUUACCCAAAGGCGGCCAUACUUUAUAGACAGCCUUCUGCAAUAGAUUCAUACCCGAACUGCAAAAUAUUUUUAAAAGACCAUAGCUGUGAUAAAAAUUCAUCUGUAAAACCAUUAAAGGUUUAGUUCAAACAAAAACGAGUUACACACUCUCAUGUCGUUCAAAACGCGUAAGACUUUCGUUCAUCUUCAAAACCCAAAUUAAGAUGUUUUUGAUGAAAUCUGAGAGCUUUCUGUCCCUCCAUUGAAAGUAUAUUCUUCUAAUACUCUGAUGCUUCAAGAUGUUGAUUAAAUCCAUAUGAAUUGAGCGGUUUAAUUCAAAUCUUCUGAAGAAACAUAAUCACUUUAUAUGGUAAACGUAGACUCAACCGUACAUGCGAGAACAAACCUCAUUGGUUCUCGCACUUCAAGCGAACAUGCUUGAGCUUCUGUUUUAUAUCGUUUUACUAUAGUUCAUGAUCAGUGUGUUUAUAUCAGAAUAAAAGCAUUGGGUGAAUGGAGGAACAGAAAUCUCUCAGAUUUCAUUGACAAUAGAACGAAGUUUGGAAAGACAUGAGGGUGAGUAAAUAAUGUCCGAAUUUUCAUGUUUGGGUGAACUAACCCUUUAAUCGGAAUUAAAAGUAGAACAACAUGUAUGUUGGCAGUGGAAAUAGAGCAGUUGUGCUUUCCUGACAUGUAAAAUCACACAUACCACCCGACUUGUGCAUGUUUUUUUUUAUUUUAAAUCGUCCAGUUUGUUGACGUAUCUGUGUUCAGCUAUCCAAUCCUCCUCCUGCUUACUAAUUUACAUAGAAGAGUAGAGAUCAAGAGAUGUGUUUGUACUGUAUAGGGCACCUCUGGACCAGCAUGGACCUUUUCAUAUUUUGCCUCCUGGUCCUAUUGUGCCAUCCACGAUCCAUAUCUUUACUGGAAAGAGCUAAUUCCAUAUCGUUAGUCGAGAAAUCAUUGCUUAAUGUCAUAUGGAUGUAUGAAGAAGUGAUGCAUCUUGGUACCAAGGACUAAAGUGUAAUACAUGAUACAUAAUACAUUCAAAAUAGCGGCGUCUUUCUAACAUAGCAUCUAUCGUUUAAAACACAUUCCUGAUCAGGAUAUGAUUAGCAUGACUGCCAGUACGCACACACAUACUAGGCUUCAUAGCAGAUUACUGAGACCUGUAUGGGCUGGGACGGGUUAUGUGUGUAGCUGAUACCGCCACAGUUACGCUGAAUAAUAAUGUCUCAGACGACACACUCUUUGUGAAUGUUUCUUUCGAGAAAGUGUCUCCUUUUUUUUUUUUUUUGCAUGUGGAGCUGCCUGUCCAUCCUCUCCAGUGUCCUCCGAACAUGCACCUCCUCGCAUGUUCAAUACUGUUAAAACCACUGUUCUGUGGCCAGUUUAUGGCAGGUAAAUAAGUUCUUAUUUAUCAUAUUUGUACCACAUGCCAAUCCAAUAUAUCUACAGUAGGAACCGUGCAAAUAUAAAUGGAAAUAAUUGUUGUAAAUGUCAUUGAACUGUACAUUUCAAAGAUUUAAACUUAUUAAAACAAUUGCUGGUGACAAAUUUA